AUGAGUAAGACAAAAAAACGCAUUGAGGCAUUGUCUGAACUCUUUGAAAGCGAGAAGUCGUACAUCAAGGAUCUGUUGCUGUGGGAAAGGAGCUUCAGGAUGUGGAUUCUUGGGUAUCCACUGUUUGAGCUCAAGAUAAAAUACGAGAUAUGCGAUAGAGUGUUUGUCAACAUGGAAAGAAUCAGGCUGCACCAUCAGAGCAUAUUCGAAGACAUGAAGAGGCAGAAUCUGGAGAUUUAUUCGCAAAUAUCCCACGGGAGCAUGCCUGAUGAUGGCGACUUGUUUGUUUUAGGCAGUGUAGACCAUGAUACCGAGGCCUUAGCAAAGCUGGAGUACAUCUCAAUAUACGAAAACAGACUGGAUGGAUUCAAGCUGUAUCUUGAGUAUGUGCGAGGCCUUUCAAAGGCGCAAUUUGAUCUUGAAAGGCUGAUGGAGUACCAUCCAGAGUUUGCAAGCGGCGUGAAGGCAUUUCUGAAGAGUCACAAUGUUGAUUCUCUCGGGAUUGAGCAUUUUCUGUACAGGCCGUCGCAGAAGCUUGCAAGAUACCCUCUUCUGCUGAAUGCAGUUGCAAAAAACGAGGAGGACGAUGGAUUCAGGGAAAUGUACCUUGAGCUUAUAGAGGGCUUCAAGAUGAUUACAAAAAGCGUUGAUCGCGAGUUUAAUGUGUUCAACAUGCAAUUCACAAUAUACAGGCUGGGCAAACGCUUCAGAUAUGACAAGUCCGUCAGGAACCAGCAAUGCUUGGGGCUAUUCCAGAUCUCAAGGAGCUUGCUGAAAGAAGGCAAUGUGCUUGCAAGAAGUUUGAUGUCUGAAAAGCAUGUUGAGUACAAGAUGUUUGUGUUUGAUCACCUGGUGCUUGCAUGCAAUAUUCCGCAGGACAGAUUUGAUGAAAUAUGCAUCCGUGAGGAACCAAUGCCUAUGACACGAUUGAGGGUUCUUCGAAGCGAUCCUGGCAUAUUCCCAGAUGCAAUGCCUGCAGGCAUGUAUUCCUCGCUAUUACUGUUUGUGAUGGGAGGAGGAAUGGCAUUGAAGCUUUACUUCAAGGACGAUGGAGAGCGAGACGUAUACUACUUCAUCAUCCAAAAGGCCGUGCUUAAGGCAAAUUCAAAGCUUAGCAAGAGCAUAUCCAUCGAGGCGCUGCGUUUGAAGAAUGCUGGGCGGAUGAAGUAUGUGUGGAAGUCCGGGCAUAAUGCCAUGAUCAAUGAUGCAGAUAGCAACGAAGAUGUGUUGAGUGAAAAUAAUGAGGAUGCUGUCAGUGAGGUGUAUUCAAUGUACUCUGAAGACAAUCCUGACCCUGAGCUUGACGAGGCAAUACUUGAUUUUAUAAAAAAGCGAGAAAGUAGUGCGUUGAAAAGAGCAUCAAGCCAUGGCACAAGCCAAUCUGGAAUUGACUUAAGCAGUAACAGUACGGCUGAUGAGGAAGCGCUUGAUGCCAAAAGCAGUACGGUGACGUAUGGCACAAUGUCUGGGUGGAGAAUGCUGUUUUCAAGGUCUGAAUGCUUUACCAGGCAUGUUGAGUUUCCGUUACUGGCAGCCAUGAGCAGGAAUACCGAGAAUGCCGACUCCAAGCAGGAAGGCAUGUGUAUUUUUGCAAUGGAGGAUGGCGGUGUGUAUUACAGGCUCUCUGAUAUGAAGCCAAGGAAGAUACUUGACAGGAUGGUAGAUAAGGUUGUAUACGACUCGAUGUAUGAAAUCCUGAUGUACAUGUCUGAGUCUGUGCUGUAUGUGGCUCAUUUUGAUCUUGAGUCGCCAUGCAUCGAGGAGGUGAUUCUCAGCAAGAGUGUUGGCAAUUUCUUCUACAGCUCGACGAGUGGAGGGUCGUACAUUGCAUCGAUCAGCCCUGAGAGCAGCCAACCAAUCUCGGUGUUUCUGUUCCUGAUUGGCAUGUCGAAAGAAUCAAUUGAUAUAAGGUUUCUGAAAAGGAUGUGUGUUGGAUUCCGAGUGUCUAGUGUUCUGUUCUGCUCAGAGCGAAUAGUGCUUGCAUGCAGGGACUUUGAAAUGAUCGACAUGGACACGCUUAGGGCCGAGAAUGUGCUGAACAUGCAAGAUCCGUUCCUUCCGAUUCUUUUCAACAGGCUUGAUGCAGCAAUAGCGAUCUCGAUUCUUCCGAUAUCGCAGCACUCGUUCCUGAUGUGCUUCAGCUCGAUGGGUUUUAUCAUUGAUGGGGAUGGAAGGCUGAAGAGAAUAGGUGUGGUUUUUCUGUGGGAUUGCGAGCCAGUUGAAUUCAAACUGGCAAAGGGGCAUGUGAUAUGUCUUGGGCAUGACUGCGUAAGUGUUUUUGAUAUGAGGACUGGUGUGCUGAUUUUUACAAAGUACCAGAAGGAUCUACACUUUGUAGCCGGGAGUUCUGAGCCUUUGCUGCAUGAUGGCGAGUGCAUAUACACACUGGUUUUUGAAUGA